AUGAGAAGAUCAAGUACCAUGAGCAAAGAGUUUGAGUUUGUAAAGAAGGUUAUGGAAUGCCCAUACCUGUCGUACCAAUGGAAUCAGAAUCAUGUCUUCAGCACUUACAAAGAUGAUGUGGAUCUUUUUGAACAAUGUUCAAUUGAGGAACAAUUUAUUGAGGUUGAUAACGAUGAGUACAUGGAACCAACAACAGAUCACUUGGAAGAGUGUACAUUGGUGGAACAAGAAACUUUGUAUGGGGGAUCUUCUUUAUCUAUGAACGUUUUCCCCCAGUUUAUAUUAAAGAUGGGCCCAGAUAAGGUAUUUAAGGAAUACGUUUAUUACUUCCAUUUAAUUCAAGAUAAAUUCCUAAAUCAAUCAGGGUUGAGGCUGUAUAUCAAUUGGAAGAAAUUGUCAGAAUCAUAUGUUUGGUUUGUUUUUCAACGUUUAAAACUCAUCUACAAAGAUAAUAAGAGUUUGGAGUAUCUUGAAAAAUAUUUCUGGGAAGAUCAAUUUCUUUUUCAGCAGUCCAGCGAUAGUUCUAUCAAUAUGUUCCAAAAGUCUUUAGCAAGCAUGGGCAAACGUCAUUUAUUGAAAGUUUCACAGAAUGUGAUAGAAAAACCCCAAAAGUUGGUGUUUGGUAUAUGGUUAGAUUCUCAAAAUCAUGUAUUAUUGUUUGCCAAUACAGCAGUUAAUUUCAGUCUAAAAGAAUCACUUGUUAAAUCUGUACAUGGAAACACAAUGUCUUCUAGAUCUGAUGUAGUUAAGAAAUUACUACUUUUCCUUAAUCUGGCCAUAGUGGAGUCCCUAUCCCGGGCCAAAAACUUUGUUUAG